AUGGAUCCGAAGAGUUUGUACGGUCUUGACGGUUCCGAUUCAGGAUUUGAAAUGAGCUUCGACUCGGAAAAUGAAGCUACGUUUUCGUUGGACGAUACUAUGGGCUCCGAGGAUUUUGCUUCGUCUGUGAGUUUAGCCGACGACGAUCUACAAGUAAAACCGAAAAAACGCCGGCAAAGAAGAACGCGAGAACGAAGUCCAAUGCAGCUGAUUAAAAUAAGAAAACACCGUCGCAUGAAGGCAAACGACAGGGAACGAAAUCGGAUGCAUAUGUUAAACGAAGCUUUGGACAGACUUCGAUGUGUUUUGCCAACAUACCCAGAUGAUGCGAAAUUAACAAAAAUCGAAACUCUCAGGUUCGCGCACAACUACAUUUGGGCACUAUCACAUACACUACAAGUCGUCGAGACUACCGAACAAUCUCCAAUAGACCAAGACCAACCCCUAAUGCUUACCAUGGGUGACGUGACGGUCAGCAUAAGCCAACAAGGCAACAAAAUCACUUCUUCUACGGGAACGUGUGCUUUAGCACAACAGAAGAAACCGUGCUCGCCGAUCCCCGAGCCACUGGCGACUUCUACGCCUAUAAAGUCGUCCAAGCCGCACCAACACCCUGCGACGAGCCACUCUUUCAAUGAUUCUGGUUACUUCGAACCACAACGUCUCGACCACCUCCUUGGUAUAACCAGCGAGCACACCGGACAUGACCACAGUUACCACCCUGACAGGUGGCUUCAGAAACCUGGUGACGCUCAGCACCAUCACCAACACCAGCCGCCACUACCGACCGACAAGACGUGGCCCGAAACGGCAUACUGCAAUGAAUACCAACCUACUUGGCCGCUACAGACCGCGUGGCACAAUCACGGACCAUUGACGUAUCCAUCAUCGGCUAUAGACCAGAGGUGCCAUGAACCGAUGAUGUUCUACUCUUGA